AAUUCUCUUCGCUCUGUGUAUGAGUCUAUGAAAAAUGAUCUUAAGAAGUUGGAAGACAAUUGUAGACAAUCUAUGCUUGACAAAAGAGUACAGAACUACUGUCAAAACAUAACACAAUUUUUAAAUGCAAGGAUAAAUUUAAUUGACUUGUAUGAAAAGAUUUACAAUGUUGGUUUGAACAAACAGCUGCGUUAUAUUGAACUACAGAAUUUAAUUGAAACCGUUAUAAAAAGAAACGAAUUAGGUUUUACAGAUAUAAGUUUGACUCCAGUUAGAGCAAUUUUUAGCUUAGAAUGUGAAAUUUUAGAACAGCUUUUCAAUGCUCUUACAGAAUUACAAAGAUUGCAGUUUUUACCAUCAUUGGCACUCAUUCAUGGAUCUCACACAAGAUUAUGUGCUUGGGAAAGUAAAAUCCAAAGCCGUGAGAUAUGGAAAUUGGGUAUAGUUUUCAAAAACAGUCCUUUACCAGCAUUGUUUCAGUGGUUCCUAAAACUUAAAGGAACAGUUUUAAGUAAAUUUAGUUUAUAUUUUCAUGAUACUUUGGCACAGCAAACUACUCCAAAUGAAAUGAGACAUUUGUGUUCAAAACUGCAUUAUGAUCAUUAUCAGAAGUGAGUAAAAACUUAUAAUAGCUAUUUUGUAUUCUAGGUUCUAAAAUGGUUGGUUUGUUUAAAGCAUUUCUUAGUUGAGUAUGAAAUAACAUUUUUUUGAAAACUGUAUUUUAAAAUUAGUAAAAAAAUGUAAAAAGUGAAAAGAAAUUUUGACUAGAGAUUCAUUAAUUUGAUAUCUAAUGUUCUUCAUAAUAUUAAUGCAUGUAAAUCGUUUUGCAUAAUUGCUUAGUUAAAUUACAAUUGGAACUUGGCACAUUCAUUAUUAAAUAAUUGUUAAAAUUAACGUAAUAUAUAAACGUAAUAAAAGACAAAGCAAAU